UCUAGCUUGUUCAGGCGCCAUUGGCUUAGGCAGUGGCGCGAGAACUUGUGUAUCCUGGUCUGAAGGCUUGGUGCCUUACCAUCUGUCAAUCUGAGAGCGCUCAGGUGCAGUUCAAGGUAGAGAGAGUCCAUUGCCUCAGACAGGGAAGCCCGAUAAUGAGAGGGUCGAUGCUGGGGAGUCAGUGAAACCUUCAGUUCAUCCACCCUGACCGGUGGAGAGAGCUCGGGAACAAAGGUGUGGAACGUUUGUAAUGUCUUAACAUUCUAGCGAUGGAACGUCGGAAAGUUGCAACAUUCUAUCAACGGAACUUUGCAACAUAGUAACUUCCAUUUGUUGGGACACUGCCGUGAGGCGGGAAGAAAUGAGUUCGCCGGCGCUUUCCAAUAACUUGGUGAGACAGCAGUAUAACCACAUCCCGCAAUCACCCGGACACUGCCAUAACCCAUCCGGAGCCGUUUCAUUUUUGGAAGGCAAAACAAAACUUUCGACAAACCGCCCAGUUGCCACUGAGUCUUCCGCUCGAUAUUCUGUUUGAUAAUGUUCCUGUGAAGCAUCUUGGGAUCCCCUUGAUGGAUCUAUGCAAAUGCUGCAGCCCAUUCUCAAGGGAGAAAUCUUGUGAAAAACACCUGAUGUCUAACCGACAUGUUGGAACAUGCAUCUCUCAAAGCUGAGCGAUGGUAAAAGAUGGCUGAAUCGAUGCCUGGGGAAGCCGGCAAUAUUGGCAAUGCAGAUGUGCACUUGGCAGAUAACCGAUUGAAUUUAGAUGUAUUCCCGAACAGCACCGUCCGAUUUUCGGUAUUGUACAAAACACGCAAAGCAGAGGUGCAACAGGUCGAGUUUCUGCGUCUAAACUGCAAUGAAGAGCAAAUUGAUUCAUCACUUGCCAUCAUUCCUGAACUAAGGCGACUGAAAUCACUUGUACUUAAAGGUGGCCAUCUCAAGGAUGAAUACGGAGCGGGUCAGCGUGGUCUGCUGGCAACUCUGCCUGUGGAGUUCAGGCAUCUCCAGCACUUGACCCAUUUGGAUUUGAGCUUCAACAGCUUCACUUCUGUUCCUGAAUGUGUGACUGAGUUGAAGGAGCUAACUGUGCUUCUCCUGUCCCAUAACAAGCUGGCCACACUGCCCGAGAGCAUUGGCAAGCUGGCAAAACUGACCUUCCUUUCUCUGAUGAAAAAUCAGCUGAGAGAGUUGCCUGGGAGCAUCCGUGAACUUGUGGCACUGCAGAGAGCAAAUCUAUCUGAAAAUGAACUGGAACAGCUUCCUGAUGAGAUUGGAAACCUCCCAAACUGUGCACAAUUAGACCUUUCGGGCAAUAGACUUACAACUAUACCAUCUUCACUUGCAAACCUGAAGUCUCUUGAAGAAUUGUAUCUACACAGCAACCAACUUGUAACCGUCCCAACCUCCCUCGCUCAUCUUCCCAAACUGUCUAGACUUGACCUGCAAAACAACAGCCUGCGCUUUGUACCUGCAGAGAUCCAGACUUUACCCUAUGUGAAUUUAAAGGGCAAUCCAAUAGGGGAGGCUGAGUCCCCGAAUAUUAAAGGCUGUGCCAAACCCAAAGAUAUCCCGGUCCGAUAUCUCUCAUCCGAUACAGACAGCUUCAUUGUAACCACGGAAGGUUGCAAGGUUGUGUUGCCUUGUGGGAUCGAAAUCCAUUUCCCACCUGAGGCGCUUGCUCUGACAGUGAUCACAUGCAGAGUAACCUCCCCUGACCCACAGCAGGUGAAACUAAGGCAUCAUGACUUUUUACUGAGCCAGGUCCUGGAACUUCUACCGCACGGGAUACAGUUUGAAAAGGAAGUACUCAUCUGGAUGCCGUAUGUUCCUCCUCAGCCUGACCAUCAAAGGGAACUUGUGAUCCGAACGUUCAGUGAGAGCUGGAGUGACUUGGAUACUAAGGUGUUUGAGUCACAGUACCUGGCCUGCUGCAGCGUAUUCCAUUUCUCUUGGUUCCUUGUCAUUUCGCGACUGAAGGAGAAUAAAUGUACCGUCCCCCUUGAGGGAACCAGACUGUUCUCCUCCGUGGAUCCUAACAUCAAGGUGACCUUUCCAGCUGGGGCAGUGACUGAGUCUCGCAAGGUGAAGAUGCAGGUGUUGCCGGUUGCUGCAGGGGACUUGCAUGAGCUGCUACAGGAUCAGGAUUCAGUGGCAAGUCCUUUGCUCUGUUUGUCACAGAAUACAACUGACAACUUCCUGAAACCAGUCAAGAUUCAGCUUCCAUUACCAAGUGGGGUCACAGGUUUAAAUUUGGAUCGUUCCAAAUUGCACUUGCUUCAUGGGGAUCCAGAAGUCCAGGACUGGAAGGACAUUACAAAUCAGAUGGUGCUGGAAUUCACUCACCUUUAUGCCCUUUUUGAAGUGGACCAUUUCUCAUGGUACUGGUUGUGGUACACAACUAAGACGUAUGUUGGUGGCAUCGCUAAAAAAGUAUACGAACGCUUGAGAAGGUGGCAGGUCAACUUUUUGGUGCUGCAGAGAAAGAAGGACCCAGAGCAAAUUUUCCUGCAAUGUGUUCCCAAGCACAAGGUUGAAACUGUUUGUAAGAAGUUGGAGACCAGAUAUCGUGGUCCUGAGCCAUCUGAUAUUGUCGAAAUGUUUGAAGGGGAACAAUUCUUUGCUGGAUUUGAAAAAGGGAUUAAAAUUGAUUCAGAUCGACCAGACUGUGUAGAUGGAAGGAUUGGGUUCACCUUUUACUCACACCUAAAGAACAGUAAGGAAGUUUAUGUCUCCACUGAAGCAGACAGAAAAACAAAAGCUGUGAAAGGACAGGUUUCCUUUUAUAGGGGAUCCUUGCCAGAAAACAUUCCUGAGGAAGCUGCUAAAAAACGAAAAGGCCCUGAUUCAAUGUGGCUGGCCACUUUGCCAAUCAAAUUGCCUAAGCAGAAAUCAAAAUUUCAUGAUGAACCAAGAAUGGAUCCAUCGUAUCCACCACUAAAUCUCGGUGAUGAAGAAACUGGCUACCUCACUGAAGCUAAUCUUUUGAGUAUUGCAAGGAGAAUUGGGCCGGAAUGGCAGAAUAUUGGUAUCAAUCUCGGCUUAUCCUAUUCACAACUGGAAAGAAUAGGAUAUAAUCAUAGGGACGAUCUGGACAAGCAAAUCUUAGAGAUGCUCUUUACGUGGGCCCAAUGCAAUGAGAGUGUACCGGGCUGCAUCAGUCAAUUAAUUCAAGCAAUGAAGAAGAGUGAUCGCGAAGAUAUUGCAGAAGAAAUACAUUGUAUUAUUGAACUCGGCAGGAGAAAGUAUCAUGAUUCUAUUCGUCGAGUAGGGCUAAGCCAAGAAAGCAGUAAUGAAGAUUCAGCUAUAGCAAUGGUAUAACCUGAAAAAUGUUGCUCAGUAGGGAGCAAUGGAUAUGACUUUUUGUGGUGUUUGAGGAAAGGGAGGUUUUAUCCUAUUUUAGACUUCUGUUCUUACUGGUUUAGAAGUGCCAUGGGGCACAAUGAACUCUUGGCAACAUUGUUCAGGAAAUGGUCACUGUAAUCAACUGAGGCAGAGUUCAUUCCAUUUAAAUGUCAAGGUUCAUGGUGGUUGUUUUGCAGCAGAAUACAGUGAAAACCAGCAGGAUUUGUUAGUAGAACCAAUCAUUUUGUGGUGAUGUGCAAUUUACAAUUUUGUUUCAGCCACUGUGAUGUGCAAUUUCGUUCCUUGCAUGUAACCAAGAGAGAGCAUACCUUGCAUUUAAUCUACAGCAUUUAGUGAACUUGUUUACUACUUGAGUUCACAGAUAGUCAAAUUGCAUCAAGGAAUUGUACAGCAUAGGAACAAGACAUUUGACAAUUAAAUCCGUGUGAGUGUUUCCUCCAACUCAGAUGCCUAACUACUUGCUACCCUUGCAUCUUAAAUCUGGGUAAUUUACCAUUUAGGCCUGUAUUUUCCUAAUACCACCAAGCCUGAACAAUGGUGAACAUGUAUUGGAAUUUCUAUGCAUCACCCAGUUGGUGAAAGCAACCUUUCACAGCAGGAAUGAAAAGAAAUAGGAUACGCGUGUGGAGCCCUACAAUACCAAUCAGUUUCUGCUUCUUUGCAAAGCAGACAUGUUAACGAACUUCUGUGCUAAAGUUUAUUUUGCUUUGAUCAUCUUGGUCCCCAUUGUUUGGUAAGCUCAAAUAAAAUAAACUAUUUAGAAAACCAAUAACCUGGUAUUGUACAGUAGGAUUCUUCAAGGUACCUGUGGCAGUUCCUAUUCACCUCCAACUCUGUACCAUCUGCCCAACUGUAAUCAUUUUUUUUCCCUUUUUGUCAUAUUGAAUUCAUUUGCCAACUGAGGAAUUUUAAAAAAAAUAUUUGCCAGAUUUCGCUACCCCUGAAGCAUUUUUAAAAUUUAUUACAGAUCAAUUGCAGGGUUUUAUGAAGGCUACAAUUAGUAGUGGCAUUCAGAGAAAAGAAAGCCAUUAAACGAGGAACAAAUAUUUGAUAUGGCAGUGUUUGUUUGUUAAAAUUUACAAGUGCAUUCAAUAG